ACAUAAUUCAGUUAAGGAGAAUUAGGGAACAAAGCUAAUAUUGGUUUCUAAAACACUGCAAAUGUAUUUAAAGUUUAAACCCAUGUUUGUGUACAAUUUAAUGGCAACUUUCAAAACCUUUAACAGACAUGGGUACUCAGUAAAGUUCUCGCCCAAUAGAAAGGAUCUCUUGGCCAUAGCCACGUCACAGUUUUACGGGUUCAAAGGUGAAGGGACGUUAUUUUUGGUCGAAUACGACGAGGACAAGUGCACACUUGUCAACGAGUCGGAAAUAGUCUGGGAAGAUGGAUUGUUCGACGUGGUCUGGGGCAGAGCCGUCGAAGAGUUAUUGGUGACAGCCAGCGGCGAUGGGACUUUGCAGAUGUGGAACUAUAAACAACCACAAAAACCCGUAAGAACGUUCAAUGAGCACACCAAAGAAGUGUGCAGCGUCGAUUGGUGUCAGAGUUCCGUCGAUGAUUUCAUACUGUCAUCCUCGUGGGACUGUACUGUAAAACUGUGGGACCCUAACAAGUACUCCUCGUUGACGACGUAUACAGCACACACCAGACUCGUGUACGAAGUGAAAUGGUCACCUUUUAUGCCGUCGUGCUUCGCGUCCGUUUCAGGUGACGGCAUGAUGAGUGUAUGGAACUGUUCAUCGCCUUUGCGACCAGCUGCCACGGUUAACGCGCACCAAGCUGAGAUAUUAUGCUGUUCGUGGAAUAAAUUUGAUCCAUUCAAGUUGGCUACAGGCGGUGCCGAAGGGUUGAUCAGAAUAUGGGACGUGCGCAAAUUGUUGACGCCCGUUUUUCAACUAGAGGGUUGUGAAGACGCAGUGAAGCGGGUGCAGUAUUCGCCUCAUCACCCGUCAGUGUUGACAUCGGUUUCGUACGAUCACACGACAAAGAUAUGGGACUACAGCGCGUCACCGUCGAAGUCGCAGUGCCUGAGUCGACGGAACCAUUCGGACUACGUGUACGGCCUGGACGUGAGCCCCGACCGGGAUGGGUUGACCGCCGACUGUGGUUGGGAUGCGUCGGCACACGUUUUCCUAACCUAACCUCGUCUGUAACAGGCAGGCGGUUACUGUUGAUACGCCUGGUAGAUGAUUGGAGCGGUGGUCGGGUUGGUCGCGUAUCCCAGAGCGUUGGCUUUGCCAGCUUGUGGUCUGGGGACGGCGAAUCGAUGGGCCGGCGCCUUGACCAGCAACGGCUGUGCUUGACGAUAGUAACCGGAAAUCGGUUGGCCCGGUUGCUGUUCCACGGAUUCCUGUUCGUUACUCUG